AUGCUUUCCAAUGAUCGCGCAGCAUUCUCAUUAGCAUCUAUGGGCGUCCGGUGUAAGUCGAUCGCGGCCCGUGUAGAGCUUGUAGCGAAUUUUGACAUCAUCGCGGACCAUCAUUUCAAACACACCUCUCACCACAUCAUCAACACCACCACCGCGCGACACACCACACCCUCGCCAAGACACACCACCCCUGCAGCACGCAUCCCUCCAGCCAUGACGACCACCCUCCUCACCACCGACAGCACCUUCCCAAGCACCAACCUCGACGACAUGCUCUCCAAGCCCACCAACACCGCCGCCCCAACCACCCCCCAGCUGCACGUGAAGAACCACGCCCAAGGUCUCCUCGCAGGCCACAACUCCCAAGUCCUGAGCAUGUUCAACCUCGCAGACGGCUCCAUCUACGCAAGCGCCGACCAUAGCAUCGUCAUCAAUGGACCCAUCUUCGGUGCGGAGACACCGCCGUCCUCAGCUCUCGCGGGCCAGUUGAAUGCGGCUUUGGCUAUGCUCGUCUUGGUCGUGGUCGUUUGGGGUAUGCUGGAGGUGAAGCGCGGCAUUGAGGAUGCCUUCUCGCGCAUCGAUGUAGUGGAGAUUUGA